GCUCUGACGGACGCCCUCACUGCUGUUGGCCAGGCAGGGGGGGACACCAACAAGGAUGUUGGCCUACUGGAGGAAGGGAUGGUGCACUGGAAGCUUCUGGUGUUGUGUCUGGCCCUUAUGGCGAUAGAUCCUUGGAUUCCUUCUGGUCGCCUGCGCUUCUACUCCACGGCGUCAGGCACGUUGCUGCUGGGCGCUGGAGCUCUUUGGUGGUAUUUGGGGUGGAGCACGCCCAAGGUUGAUGAGGGAACUCGAUCAACCCCCAUGAAUUUGGGAGUUAGACGUUCAGUACACUUUGCUGAACAACCACGCAGUGCGGAUUUGUUGCUUCAUGAGCAUGCAGGGCUUCCUCCACUUGAAAGUCUGUCAGGCCCGAUUGAUGUUGGACAUAUACCUCCAGGUGCUCCUCCGGUCCCCUCGACUGAGCAGCAGGCUGGUGUAUUGACAGCAGCGAAUGAGAUGCUUCCCACAGCGGAACUGGCAGCAGGGUCGCGAAUUAGACUGAUUAGCGUGUCGCCUUAUGUGUCUUUGGCGGGUCAGGCUGGAGUGAUUGAAACCACCAACAGUGGCAAGUGCAACAUCAAGCUUGAUACUGGCUUAGGUUUGAAGGAUGUUCCAUUCACUGCGCUGGUUAGGGAGACAGGUGUGGAGGAGACUGCGGUGGCUGCAAUGGGUGCAUCCACAGUGUUUGCGCCUUAUGCUACGACUGGACAUACAACGAAACUGCAGGCACAGGCCAGCCGCCUGAAGGAUGCGUUGACCAAAGCGGCAGCCUUGAACUCCACAGUACCGAGCGAAGGCACGAAAGGGCCUCCGCGAACGGAAGAGCUCAAGAAGCAGCUACAAGAGAUAGAGACGCUUGGAGGACCCCUUCAUGGAAGCGGUGGCACCUUUGCACGAGUUGCGGAUGUUGGAGUGGGCGAAAACCCUGAGGCGAUGUCCUGGCACUUGAAACUGCCAGCGGACUUGCAGCGUGCUGCUCCUGAAAUGUAUCGCAACAUUCGCGCUGAUGGUGCAGUAUCUGCCAGAGCCUGGGUCAAUGAGCAGCACCCCACUCCGGAGUUGAAGCAAUCCCCAGCCUACCAAGACCUCUUCACUGCGGCCACGAUCAUUGACUUUGAACUGGCUGAGUGCAAGACUGAAGGGGCCAUUAUGCACAAGCUGGCCACAUCUGACACCUUGGAGAUCCACUUGCGGAAGUUGGCGGCCUAUGUGUACCUGAAGAGGACCAAGGAUCGCACAGGAGCAAACCGCAUGUUGGGUGUCAGAGGUCUGGCUAUGCUGGAAAAUUUAGAGGCCGUGGCAAAGGAGCGAAAGGCGGAGGAAAAUCAGGUGGGGGCUGAUGGCUUGCCUCCUUCACCUGCGCAGCAUGAGCAAGCCAAUGCAGCUUCUCAACUUGAAGCAGAGGAUGUUGGGGAGGCUGCAGAAUUCAUUGAACAGCUCAAACAGUGGGCUCUUUUACCAUUGCCGCUGCCUGAUCGUCCUGAAUGGAAGCAGCGCAAGUCCGCUCGCCUUCGCCUUAGACAGAAGAGGAGGCUUGAGGUCUGGCGGCUUGCUUCGAAGUUGAUUCGAACCAUCAACCUUCUGGACCGCGGCAGCACAUCCACUUCACAGCUGACGUCACCUGCAACUGGGCUAGGACGGCAAGUGAAGGCCACAGAUGUUAGGUCUAUUGCAGUGCUGCGUUUGACUCGUGAAUGCGCAGUUCUUGCAAGGGCACGCCGGGGCCUUGGUCUGACAGGCGUCCAACACUCAGCCGCUGUGGCUUCUCUGUUGAAGCAACCCAUGGAUGAACUUGGCUAUAUGAAGUUCUCUGCAGUGAAGCAGGUGCCCCUGGAAGCCGAGAAGAUUGUGGAGCCCAAGGAGAAAGGGCACAUCGACAUGUUGGCAGCACUGCCACCGGAGGAUGCCACGUUCUAUGCAUGUGAGGAGAAUGUUGUGGACCGAGCUGGCAAAUGUGAGCUCUUCUUCAAGGAUGCGGAGGUCAGGUUUGGUUUUGUAGGUGGAAGUGAGGCUGAAUAUAUCAAGUACCUCUCUCGGGAAGAUGUGCAGCAUUUAUGGGAGUGGGACCUUAUGUCCAACAUUAGAGCCAUAGCAGGUGUCUCAGCGGUCCCCAAGAAGAACCCAAUGCAGCAGCGCAAAUUGAUCAUGCAGGUCGCUUCCAACUACAUGUUCUCCGAUCCGUCCUGCAGGGCACAUUUAGGAAUGUUUGGAGGUGCAGCGCUUUCUCGUUGUUUUGUCCCCUCUGAUCACCUUGGAAUAGCUCUGUGUGAUGAAGACUCGGCGUUCACCUUUGUCAAGGUCCCAGAAUGGAUGACCAGAUGGCAGGGUGGUCCUCCGGUGAAAGCAGCUCAAGUUUGGGGGCUGCUGCGUAAAGAACUGAAGGACAAGAUCCUGGAUCCAGCUAGCACCUUUGUCUCUCCACGGUAUUUGAGGCUGGCUAUGGGUGGAUCUCAUUCGGUCUAUAUUCUCAUGAGGAUCAACAUGCAGCAUAUCGGUAGGAGCAUGCUCAACUAUGUCAAUAGGCUUCCACUGGGUGAUUCUAGCGAACAUGUCCAUGGCACCGAGCAACUAGUGGAGGAGGAACAGGUUGAAAUGAUAGGUGAUCAAGAAUGGGAGAAGAGACAAAAGCAGCGGAAGCAGUUGUGUCAGGUCUCCUCAUCUGGCUUCACAGUGCAAGAGUGGUGCCAGGCAGUUCGAGAAAGUCAGCAUGGAGAGCAGCGCAUGUUUGUCGUGAUGCAUUUCUUUGCAGGCGAUAGGAGGCCAGGUGACGUACAGGAACACUUGACACGCAUGUGUGCUUUGCAUGGGUUGAAGCUCCUCAUGAUUUCCAUUGACCUUGCCUCGGAUGCAAACUGGGACUACACAAAUCCUGAAACCUUCAACAGCGUGGUGCUGGGUGGCCCUCCACGCUCCACAGUUUCUCGCGCAAGGCAUGUGAAGAAGCGAGGUGGACCGAGAACGCUGGACGGCCUGAAAGGUUUAGACGGCAUCAGAUGUCCUGGAGUCAGCAAGGACCAUGUGCAUGGCAUCUCCAUCGAGCGCAUGGCAUCAGGCGCUUUUCAUACCAGACGGCUGCAAGAGUAUCCACCGAAGCUGUGUGAGGCUAUGGCCGACAUGGUGCUUCAGACGUUGCUGAGGAUGCGAGCUGGAAGCACAGGUCCUACAGGGGCACUACACUUGCGGGAGCAUGUUGCGGUACCAAGAAUCCCAGCCUGGAGCACAUGGGCAGCGCAACGAGGUCGCGGCAUCGUUAUUCUGAACGAAGCUAGCUCCAGAAGACAAAAUGUGAUCUUGGACAACAAGCAGAGUGCAGUGUAUGUGCACGUGGAUGACACAGUGAUCCUCUCGGAUGGCAGCAUGGGUCCAAUGUUUAGUGAUCUCAUUUUGAAAGAAGUGGUGGACGGCUUGGAGAAGGUAGGUUUCAGCGUGUCUCAGCAGGAAAGAGACAAAGAAGUGGAAAAGGUGGUAGGAUAUGAAGUGUGCAGGUGCCCGGCCACCUUCAUGUUGCCCAAAAAGAAGAUGGUGCUGCUGACAGAAGCCCUGAAGUACGUAGCCAGCUGCAGAAAGGUCAACACCAGGGUGCUUAGAGCCUUGGUGGGAGUGUGGAUCUUUGGCGCCCUGCUCCGCCGUGAGUUGUUGAGUGUUCCUCAUUCAAUUUUUCAUUUCAUGGAAGAGCACGAGAACAUGACAGUGGUGUGGUGGCAAUCAGCGAGAGAGGAGGCCAUAGCGAUGGCGAGGUUGACUUGUUUGAUGAGCUGUCAUGUGGGAGCCAAACUGCAUUCCUGGAUCUUCGCAACGGAUGCCAUGGGAGCCAAUGAGUUUGACCAUGGUGGCUACGGCAUAGUCACAACGAAAGCGAUGGAAAAAGAGCUGGCAGAGUUGGUGCGCAGUUCAGAGACACAGGGAAGAGUGAUAGCACAGCUUGGAAGCCUGGGGGGUUCAAAAUACCCUCACAAACCGCUUUGUCCCACGGUGCCAUUCACCUUGUUGCCGGCAUCGCUCUUUGCUCAGGAGCGCUGGCACCUUGUGGAGGCGGGCCGGUGGGCGUUCAAUGACCACAUCACGCUUGGUGAGUCGAGAACAGUGCUGUUACGAGUGAAGGAAGAGACUUUGUUGGGGUACCAAAAGCAUCUAACCCCCUUCUUGGCGUUUUUGCAGAACAGAUGGGAACUGGCAGUUUUGAGUGCGGAGGAUGUGGACUUGUUGAUGUUAGAGUACCGCACGGAGUUUGACAUCACUAGGUCUCAACACACACAGUUGGUGGCUUCCAUGGAAUUUUUCAUGCCCCACGUGAAAGGCAAAUUGCUUUUGAACCGUGAGGCAAUCAAGGGGCGCAUUGCGGGAGCUCCAAUCCAGCAUACGGUGCCCUUGACAAGAGAGUGUGCAUUCCUGUUUGCAGCGUGGCACAGCUCGCGUGGCUUCCCGCGCUUAGGUGCUGCAGUCCUCAUACAGAUGAACACUGGUUUGAGGCCGUCUGAGAUGUUAUCGCUGGUCAGGGAACAUGUAUACAUUCCUUUGAAUCCUAGAGAAGCCAUUUCAGUGCGUUUGGGAGCAGUGUACUCUACCAAGGUCAAACGUGAACAAUUUGUCCUAGUUCAACCUAGCCAGUCCCCAUUUGAGUACAAGCUGAUCAAACUACUGCAUGCAGCUACACUCCCAAACAACAAGCUCUUUCCUUUUUCCUAUGCUGCAUAUAACAAUUCCUUCGGCUUGGCGGAGAAACAUUUUGGUUUGGAUUUGCAUUUGACGGCACACUCGGGCAGAGCAGGGUUUGCCACUAGCCGUAUUAUGUCUGGCGCCGAAGCUAAGCAGGUCCAAGCAGAGGGUAGGUGGGCGUCGGAGUCCAGCUUCCGAACUUACAUUGACGUGGUAGGCAGUUUGCACACCCGUGCCCAAGUUGAACUAGGGCGCCCAGACUUGAGGCUGAAGGAGAAUCGCUUCCUCAUUCCUCAGGCGCCAGAGCACUACACAGGGUAUCAAAGGCGACAGUGGCGAGAGGAGCAGUUGCAGAAGCUUCUGAGCCCGCAGCCAGCAGCCGACAAAGGCUCCGCACCAAAAGUUUCCCAAACACAGCCAAAGGCAAAGGGAGUGGAAAGGGCAGAGGCAAGCUCUUGGCGGCUGGGAGGCCGUCGCAGUCGGUUUUCGAUUAGCUCAUGGUGCAAGUGGAUUUCACCAGUUCUCAAGAAGAUUUCUGGCCUCUCUUUGUUGCUAUGCCUGGGAUUGUUCUCUGGGCAGCAUGGCCCAGUGCACCAGGUGGCACGGGUGAUUGGGGCAGUGGCUGACCUAGGUGAAGCCACUUCAGCAGCAGCAGUGUCAGCCCUCAAUGCCACCAAUGCUCUAGCCUCGUCUGCUACAGCACUUGUGACGGUGGCAACCAGCAAUGGGUUGACGGCAGGCGCCAAUAUGUGGCAUGGCAUUGACUUGGCUGACAUUCAAGCUGGCCGUUGCGCAGGCUCAAUCACCGCUUUGAGUGGUCCAGUUUUGGAGGCAUGGCUUCACACCACUGCAGCGCAGGCACAUUUCCCGUGCUUGGAUGGCAACCUCACUGAACGCCUGAUAGCCGCUGUGCAAGCAGUUGAAGCCUCUCUGCCUUCUACUCAGGCCAUUUCAGAAGACUUCUCCCUGCGUGGCACUUUCACGUCUCUGCGUAUCAUGGCAACAUGGCAGGAUUUCGGGCAAGUUUCUAUACAAUUUGAGGCCAGUUUUCUUUUCUUCACCCCCAUUUGGUCAAACCCUCUAUGGACUCAAUGGGGCUGUAAGCUUGAUUCAGAACGAGAUCAGAUUUUGAAAGCACUGCGAUUGCUGUUAUUAGAUCUCCCAGCAACGCCACCGCAGCGCGCCUAUGCUGGUUUGGAUCUAGAAGUGGCUCUUUCUGCGCCAACAGAGGCGGGUGAGAAGGGUGAGAAGUUUGAAGAUGCGGCCGUUUUCUUUUCUUUGAACCUUUGA